GCAGGGACACCUCAGAUAGAGACUAAUGGAGUAGGGAGACAGUUGAGAGCUCUGGGACUGGCAGGGACACCUCAGACAGAGACUAAUGGAGUAGGGAGACAGUUGAGAGCUCUGGGACUGGCAGGGACACCUCAGACAGAGACUAAUGGAGUAGGGAGACAGUUGAGAGCUCUGGGACUGGCAGGGACACCUCAGACAGAGACUAAUGGAGUAGGGAGACAGUUGAGAGCUCUGGGACUGGCAGGGACACCUCAGACAGAGACUAAUGGAGUAGGGAGACAGUUGAGAGCUCUGGGACUGGCAGGGACACCUCAGACAGAGACUAAUGGAGUAGGGAGACAGUUGAGAGCUCUGGGACUGGCAGGGACACCUCAGACAGAGACUAAUGGAGUAGGGAGACAGUUGACAGCUCUGUGACUGGCAGGGACACCUCAGACAGAGACUAAUGGAGUAGGGAGACAGUUGAGAGCUCUGGGACUGGCAGGGACACCUCAGACAGAGACUAAUGGAGUAGGGAGACAGUUGAGAGCUCUGGGACUGGCAGGGACACCUCAGACAGAGACUAAUGGAGUAGGGAGACAGUUGACAGCUCUGGGACUGGCAGGGACACCUCAGACAGAGACUAAUGGAGUAGGGAGACAGUUGAGAGCUCUGGGACUGGCAGGGACACCUCAGACAGAGACUAAUGGAGUAGGGAGACAGUUGAGAGCUCUGGGACUGGCAGGGACACCUCAGACAGAGACUAAUGGAGUAGGGAGACAGUUGAGAGCUCUGGGACUGGCAGGGACACCUCAGACAGAGACUAAUGGAGUAGGGAGACAGUUGAGAGCUCUGGGACUGGCAGGGACACCUCAGACAGAGACUAAUGGAGUAGGGAGACAGUUGAGAGCUCUGGGACUGGCAGGGACACCUCAGACAGAGACUAAUGGAGUAGGGAGACAGUUGAGAGCUCUGGGACUGGCAGGGACACCUCAGACAGAGACUAAUGGAGUAGGGAGACAGUUGAGAGCUCUGGGACUGGCAGGGACACCUCAGACAGAGACUAAUGGAGUAGGGAGACAGUUGAGAGCUCUGGGACUGGCAGGGACACCUCAGACAGAGACUAAUGGAGUAGGGAGACAGUUGAGAGCUCUGGGACUGGCAGGGACACCUCAGGGCUUCAUACCCUCUCCUAUCCCUCUUCUGCAUGUAUGGUGAAGGUCAGGUUUGGUAAGGUAACGGUACAAGGAUGGGGGCGGAGCUUAUUAGAAUAAUAUCCAGCAUGCUUUGCAAGUGUUUGUGUUUUUUUUACAUUUACAUUUUGGUCAUUCAGCAGACGCUCUUAACCAGAGGAACUUACUGCAUGUGAUAGAUACAUAUUUUGUUGCAAUCUACAAUUGGUUCCUCUUUCCUAUUAAAACCUGUCUAAGCCAGAGGGUGGGGGUUCUACUAAGGAUCGUUUAGCUGUUUGAUUUUUGAAUUUUAAGACCCCUUGAAGAACAAAAAAAAAAAACAGAAGAAAAACAUGAUUGGAUGAAUUUUGAUGCUGGCUGGACACCGGUCCCUAGGUCAAGUUCAGUCUCUGACCCCCACCCCUCACCUUUGACCCCUCACCUCGGAUGGAAGAACGCACCCAUUCCUUUAGGAGGUUGAAGUUGAUGAGUUCCCCCAGCCUCAGUGACCUGGGGAAGAGUGACAAGGCAGCGUUGGAGGAGAGAGGGACACAGCAGAGAAAAGCUGGGGCUAACGCCACCUGGAACAGCAUCCACAAUGCGGUGAUAGCUGUGUUCCAGAGGAAAGACCUGGGAGAGAAUGACCUCUACAUCCUCAAUGAGGGAGUCAGGCAACUACUGAAGACAGAGCUGGGCUCUUCUUCACCGAAUACCUCCAGGUAA